CAAGCCAGGCAAAAUGCUUAACGACAUUCCAUUUGUCUUAACAUUCUGAGUUUAAAUUCUGUCGAGGUGUAUUUUGCUUUUCAUCCUUUCGGGCUCGAGGAAAUAAGUACCAGUUACGCACUGGAGUCGAUGUAAUUGACUCUCCACCUGAAAUGUCAGGCCUUGUGCCUAUAGUAGAAAAGAUCAUUAUCAUUAUUAUUAUUGUUGUUAUUAUUAAUAGAGAGUUAUGAUUACUUUUACCUCAAUAUUCACCUAGAUGGACAUGGACUGUAAAGUGUACAAUUUAACAAAUGGAAUUAUUAACUAAUAAUUCCGGAUAUUAUAACAACGCUUAAAUUCGAUUUCUAUAGACAAGCACUUAAUUCUUUCAUUAAUCCACCGACAAGUAAUUAUUCUUUAAUUCCUCAGCCAAUGAAAUAGCGUUUCCUUUUUUAAGCCGGUACAAUUUUAAAAUUGCAAACCACCGUUUUGCACUUCUGCGUGACUGUUGCUGCUGCUGCCGCAGCUACUGUUACUGCUACAGAGUCUGCUGUUAUUGCUAUCGGUAUGUCUGUUAUUACUUCAGCUGCUGCUAUUGCUGCUGCCAUUGCCGUUAUCGUCGCCGUUUCCUGGUUUUAUUCGCUCCAUCUUUUAAUGCUUCACGGUUUACUUUCACUUUUGAUUAUUACCACGUAACAAAACAAUUCCGUUUUCAGUGGGGGAGAAAAAGUGAAAAACGAAAAAAAAAAAAUUAAAUUAAAAUUGCAAUAGAAUUACUGUGCUAAAAUUGAUAAAGCCAAUGAACCAUAUGGAAUAUUUACAAGAAUACUCGUGUGCCAAACGUUACUAUGGAAACGUUUCGACUAUCGUCAUAUUUUCAUCGCUCCCUCCACCUCCUGUCUGAGAUAUAAUUAUUGAUUAUGCUGGAUAACGUAAAGAUCAAAACUAAUCUUCCUUUUAUUCUCUUUAGAACCUUAUACUGACAAAAGCCUACAUCAAAGCACAUAGAUCUUUUACAGGCGUAUUAUAAGCUAACGAAUUAAUUUUCCUUCCACGUACAUGCAAACUCGAAUGCAACUACGUAUAGUAGCAGUCAUAGAUCUGUGGAAAUAGACAUUCUAGUCAUUUCCCAUUCCUGUCAGCGUGCAAAUAUUCUCUUAUAUGCUGUCGUAUACCUGCCACCGAUGUACUCAGGUGAGUAGAAGCGCGUAUAUUCCGUGUGGAACACUGACACACUGAUUCACGGAAAAAAUGUAAAACACACACACACACACACACACACACAUAGAUCCAUAGGUAUAUACAUACAUACAUACAUACAUACAUACACAUAUACAUACAUAUAUGUGUGUGUGCAUAAACCUACGUGUGAGUUCAUUGCGUCCAACUAAUUACACAAAAGACAAAUAAACAAACGCAUCUGUAUGCGUGCGCACACACCACAAAUACGCUAACAGAGAUAUGUGCGUGCACACACACACACUCACAUCUAUACGGGAAAUAACAGUAUUUGGAUUCAUUCGAUGUAUAUAUGAGGUGAUAAGUUGAGAAAGUGAGAAAGGAAUUUAUUGUUUCCGUAAGUUAUUAACCGAAAGAGUUUGUCUGCAGACACACAGCAGGUGUUGUGUGCUAUUAAGCACAGUGAAAUGGCCACUCUGUUUAAAGCGGUGAAAGCAAUUAUUGCAACAAUUGCUAGAACAAACAGAACAACAUCAACGAUAGCAACUAUUCAAACAUAGCCUGACAUAACAUCAGUUUGAAUAUUCUAUAUCUCAAGAACUGCCGGAUGGAUUCGGAUGAAACUUUCAGAGAUGUUUGGCUUCGUAAUUGGCACACACUGACUACAUUUGGGGAUCAGUCCGGUACCAGUCAACUGGUUGAAUUAAACAGCUGUACAUAUCCAAAUAAUUUGCGACAAAGAUUGUGAGAUCUUCGACAAGACAAUCAUGGGUAUUCCACUAACUGGCGCUAACCUUUCGUUGAACAGUUCCCUGAUGAAACAAUCGACUGUACCCACAGAAGAAUCAACGCUCAACUACACCCUAUCAAUGCAAGAAGACGUUGACAAUAUAGGUUCCCUUUAUUAUGUUGUCGCUGUUAUAUUUAUAUACGGGUUUUCUAUUGUGUUAAUGAUUGCUUCACAUAUCAGAAAAAAUCAACAAGAUAAUCAGCUACGAACAUAUCUUAAGGAAAUGGCACUCCUUAGAAAAAAAGAUCGCCGAGAAAAAAUACUUAAUAAAAUGAAUACAAUCACCACAAACAUGUAUCUAAAUAACAACAGCGGUGGUGCUAACUCAAGUAAUUGUGCGAUGGUUGGUCCGACAACAAGCUCGCUGAAUACAGCUACAAACAAUAUACCACAAUUUAACCAGGCAGUACACCAUUGCUGUUUAGCAAACAUCUCUAACUGUAAUGAACAUAGUUUCAAUGAGGUGGUAUCAGGGCUUGGGAUUGGAGCCACACCAUCAGCAGCUUCUUGCCUGACUGCGUUUCAUACAAAUAAAACCAUGCCUUUGACAGCAUCGAAUGACUAUAAUAACGCGUUUCCGGAUGAAAAUUGUUGUCAUGCAACUCAGAACAUCCUACAGAUGAAACCUACAACGGGUGCUUUGUUGGCAUUCACCGAUGGUCAUCUUUCUAAUCCGAAAAGAAGUGACGAAGUAUCGGAAAUGAUACCUUUGCAAGCGAAUUUAUCACACAUGAAAUGCCAACACCAAACGACGAUGCCUACAAACAGAUGUUUGGAAACGAUAAUAAACCUGAACGACACGACAAAACGUCAUGUUCCGAAAAACGAUAAAAAACCGCUUGCACACAUCGAUAUCAUAAACGAAGAAGUGACCACUUAAAAAAAAAUGAAGAAAACAAUGGUAUUUUUUAAAAAGAUUUUAACUGUAACUAUAAAUUUGUUACUAAAAGAAAUUGCCAUCAAAUCUCUCAGCAGAAAGCAAAAAUCUCAUAAGUAGACGCAAUAUCGCUUUCAUACUCUUGUAUAAAUGCACACACUUCAAAUGCUUAUAUUAGCACUCACUUAUUCCAACAAUUAUUGUUUGAUAUAUGAAACUCUGGAUAUAGAACUACUAAACAAAUGUUGUGGUGCUUCACAUAUAUGUUCUGUGUGACUGAAAGCACGUGUACAUGUAUGUUAUCUCGUGAUAUUUAACUUCUUGAUCGGUCUUUAUCUUUGCAGAUGAUAAUGCGAUGCUCACAUUGUGGUUACUGAUCCCAUUGUAUCAGAAAGGGGAAAGGGGAAAUAUCACAUUUACUGAGUCUCUCACAACAUCAAGGAUCAUAAAAUAUUAAUAGAAGCGUCCAGUGUGGUGAAAUUAUUUAAUCAGCAAUUUAUAUUUUCUUCUACGCUUCUUUCCAAGCGACACACACACACACACACACGCGCACACACACACACACGCGCGCACACACACACACACGCGCGCACACACACACACACACAAAGUGCAUUUCGUUCAUCCUGCGAAUAUAACACAAAUAUUCCACAUACUGUCCUAAUAUAUAUAUAUAUAUAUAUAUAUAUAUAUAUCAUAGUUAGCAGAUAUCAUCUACAUUCUAAUUUCAUACAUAUACAUAAAUACAAACAUAUACACACACACACACACAUAUAUACACAUACAUACAUACAUACAUACAUCCAUCCAUCCAUACAUACAUACAAAUAUAUAUAUAUAUAUAUAUAUA